CUUGAACGCCUCCCCACUGACUGGACGUGUAUCUAACGUGAGGGAGGGAACUUCCCUGCAGUUAAGUUUGAGAGGUCAGAGCAUUCAACACGUCCGCUGAUCAGCUUCAGCCGUGACUGAGCCCUGUGUGUCAGAGUGUGAGGAUGAAGAUCGCUGUGCUGGGAGCCACUGGGCAGACUGGUCAGUACCUGGUCAACCAGGCGCUGCAGCAGGGUCACGCAGUCACAGCCAUCGUCAGGAACCCGGGAAAGCUCGCCGUGCAUCAUGACAAUCUCAAGGUGGUGGAAGCUGAUAUUUUCUCAGCUGACAGUCUGAAGACUCAUUUCAAAGGACAGGAUGUGAUCAUGUCCUGCCUCGGCUUCCCGGCCUCCCUCUUCUCGGCGGUGACGGGCUACACCAUGUCCAUGAACGCUAUGAUCAGCGCCAUGCGAGGCGCCCGGGUAAACAGGAUCAUCACCAUGACCUCCUGGUACACCGAGCCUAACUCUGGAACUCAGUCGUCUUACCUCAUCCGCUUCCUCCUGCUGCCGAUGAUCCGAAGCGUCCUCACCAACAUGUUUGAGAUGGAGCAGUUUCUGCAGAAGACCGGGGACAUCAGCUGGACUGUGGUCCGCCCGCCAGGCCUCAAGAACCUGCCGGCCUCAGCUCAAGAGUUUCUGACCCACGAGGGAUACUUUGUGCCCGACGGCAGUGGCAACCCCGCAGGCAGCGCGGUGGGAAGAGGAGAUGUGGCUCGCUUCAUGCUCUCUCUGCUCAACAGCAACGCCUGGGUCAAGAGGGGAGUUGCCAUCACUACCAAAUGAGAAAGAAGUACAAAAAAAAAUAAGUAUAAAAACUACGUUUACUCACACAUCUCUAGUAGUAUCGAGCCAUGAAAAUAUUUUUACCUCCACCCUAAUACAACAGAAGUAAAUUAACGUUUUUGGUGAUCAAAGCUAAUCUGCUGCGUUUUGUCUUUUAAAUGUGACGUCUCCUGACUCCUUGUUUUUAUCCAAACAUCAAACCAAAACACAAAAAAUAUUUAGUCAUGUUACACGUCACAAAGAGAAGCAGCAAAUCCUCAUAUUUGAGAAGCUUAAAUUCAUUUAAAGAAUUUUUUUGCAUUUUUGAUUUAGAAAAAGGACUUAACUGAUUAAUCAUUAUCAAAAUAGUUGCUGAUUAAUUUUCUGUCAAUUGACUAAUCAAUUAAUUGACUAAUCACUUCAGCUCUAAACUGCUCAAUGUGAAAUUAAGCUUGAUAUGUCAGUGUUGUGUUUACAACUGAAGUGUUAUCAAAGAACAGGUCCCCUAUGAAAACUGACGAUUGCAUGUUCAGGGAAUUAUACAGACGAAGACGUCACCUCUAAAAAAAGAUGUUUCUAAAUCAGCAGUGAACAAAACUAAUUUCACCUCUACUGUAUUGGAGUGACAGCAGGAAUAAUCCAAAUGAAUACCAAAGCCAAAAUUAACUUAUCAUUAAAGUUGUUUAUUUACUUUUCUUUUCAAGAGAAUUGAAAAAAAAGAAAUAAAAUACAAUAAAUCAACAUAUAAACAAGAAGCUAAACCUAAAAAUAAGUUUCAUCACAACAACGCCAAGUGACACACAAACACAGAUCAAACCAGAAAAAAAUAAGAUACAAGAGCACAUUCAUUCUUUUUGUAUGUUAUAGAGUUUUUAUCUUUUAUGAAAGACAAAAACUGUAUUAUUUUUUAUGGUUAUGCAAGUUGGCUAUCAUUAACUCAAUUUUAGUGCUUAUUAUGUCUUCAAGUCUCUUUAUUCAGAUCUAACUUUGCUUUUCCAGUUAUGGGCAAUAACUCAUGCUGAUUUAGAAAUCCUAACUAAUCUUCAUGGUGAAAUACUUCUAGAGAUAAGAAAGAAAGAGUGUUCUUCUUUAUUUGGAGCCCUUAACAAAAUGUGCGUGAAAUGUUCACUUCCUGCCUUCCUGACCUUGACAGUCUACUAAUGGAUAAGAUGGUAUAACUGCCUUAUGUGUCUUUUUAUUUACUCUUGUUUAACUAAGAUGUAGUUGUAUGACAUGAUUACAGCCACACGAGGUCAGUGUGGUGUCAUAUCUAGCAGCAGGAAGUGAAAGGCAACUGAAUUUACCUCAAGAAUGUCUCAGAAAGAAUUCAGACCUUCAGAGAAAAUGUUGCACCGUGUAUUCACAGGAGUACUUUAUAUUAAAAAACUGUGCUGUAUCAGUUCCUUGAAAUAAACUACUAUAAAUUAUGAAA